UUGUCUAGAUUCACACGGUUUUUUUUAGAAAAUGAACUUCACGCAAGUCCCAUCAACUUCAGCCAACAUCCUGACAAAUUUCGCAACGAAAUCACAAAUAUCAAGGUGAGAGAUGUCUUAUCUGUGUAUGCAAGUCUUAUGCAAUGGGCUCUGAGGCGUGAGAAUGUAAAGCACGCAUUUUCUCCCUACCAGGAAAGCGACAACUUGCCCAGGCGUAUGGGUGGAAUUUCCUCCUAUACUUACUGUCUCAUGAUGAUAUUCCAUCUCCAACAGAAAGGCUACCUGCCCUGUCUCCAGACAGCCUAUGUUGGCGAUACAAAGCUGAUCAUUUGCGAACACAAUGACUGCAACGUUUGGUUUCAGACUGACGAGGAUGUUGUCGUAAGUCAUCAUUCCUCCUAA